AUGCCUGCUCUUCUCGAGUCAACACCAGAAAUGGACUGGUCCCAGAAAACCAGCGACCACUAUAACAACUGGCCUACUGACAAAGGCUACGAUCCCGAAUACGAACAACGCGAACCAGUUGAAAUCCCAGUCACCGGCCAGUUCCCUGCCUACGCCGCGGGAGUCUUAUACCGCACUGGGCCAGGAAAGAGCCAGAUUCAAGCUGACAACGGAGAAAUCCUGCGACUAACUCACUGGUUCGAUGGAUUCAGUCAAACACAUCGUUUCCAGAUCAGAGCCCCGGAUGAAUCUAAUCCAUCAACUCGGAUAUUCUACAACUCCCGGUUUUCGACCGAUGACCUGAUUGAACAAUCCAGAAAGGCAGGAAAUCUGGACAAAAUCAGCUUCGGGCAGAAGCGCGAUCCGUGCAAGAGUGUCUUAGGAAAAGUCCAAAGUGAAUUCGAACCUGAACCUCAACCCCACCCCGGUCCAGCGAGUGUCAACAUCGGCGUUACUCUUUCGAUCAAUUUCCCGGGCCUUGAUACGCCACCAGGCGAUGAUUCGACCUCACGCUGGACCAACUCUGAGGGAAUUCGAACUCUCUAUGCAAAGACCGACUACAAUGCUUUGAAGAAGCUUGACCCGGAAACCCUGGAGCCAAUAGGUCUGGCCUCGCAGAAAGAUCUGGAUCCCGAGCUCUCGGGGCAACUGUCUGCGUCGCAUGCUCGAUCCGAUCCCGUCACUGGAGACAUGUUCAACUUCAACCUCACUCUUGGACAGACCUGCACAUAUCGCGUGUUCGGGGUAUCAGCGUCCACGGGAGAAACAACAAUCCUGGCAACUUUUGACGCCAUCCCAGCCUAUCUGCACUCUCUCCUCAUUACCGAAGACCACGUUAUCCUGUGUAUUUGGAAUGCGCAUGUGAACCCACUGGCAAUUGAAGAGUCUUUUAUGUCUGCCAUUUUACCAACAGAUCCCAGCCAGCCCGCAGUAUGGUACGUGAUUGACCGCAAGCAUGGCAACGGUCUGAUCGCAACAUACGAAAGCCCAGCCUUCUUCUGUUUUCACACUAUCAAUGCCUGGCUCGAACCGUCCAAGGAAGAUCCAACCAAGAUAGACAUGAUCGCAGACCUUGUCAAGACCGACAGCUCUAACAUCCUGCAAACCCUCCUAUACGAUAACCUGAUCUCUUCACGAGAUACAGCCAAGGAUUUCCAGAAGAACAGGAAUGAUUCCUUCCGUGCUUCGAUUACUCGAUUCAGAUUGCCCAGGAUUCCAUCUGGCCCAGAGUCUGAUAUCAAGAACGCAUCGAUUGAGUGGUCGGUGUGCAAAUCCUUGUCACCCGAGCUGCCGACAAUGGAUCCUAAGCGAGUCACACAGAAGCACCGAUAUGUUUACGCUGUCACCUUCCGUGGAGAGUCUACUUUGACGGAUGGAAUCAUGAAGCUUGAUUGUGACACUCAGCAGGUUCGACUCUGGGCUUGCCAUGGCCAGUCUCCUGGUGAGCCUAUCUUUGUUGCCAAUCCUGAGGGGACGAGCGAGGAUGAUGGUGUACUUCUCAGUGUUGUUCUUGAUGGUACCAAGAGUAAGAGCUAUCUACUUUGUCUUGAUGCGAAGGAUUUGACUGAAAUUGGUCGUGCGAACGUCGAUGGGGCUGUUGGAUUUGGUUUUCAUGGCCAGCAUGUUCCGACCUUGGGUGGUAUGCCGACUGGUGACUACUAG